CUGGCCACCCUCCCCCUCCUGAUCACAUCCUUCGCUUGCCUCCUGCUGCCCGAGUCCUCCCGCUGGCUCUUGGAGGAGGGCCGCACCGAGGACGCGUGGAAAGUCCUGAUCAAGGCGGCGCAAUGGAACGGGAUCAAAGACCUCCGGUCUCACCUUUUUGAUCUCCGGUGGGACCAUGCCGCCUCCCUCGAGGCGGAGGGCGGAAGGGAAGGCGGGAGGGAGGGCGGGAGGGAAGGCGGGAGGGAGGGCGGGGCAGAGGACGAGGCGGCGCGACAAGUCCAGCCAGCCUGCCCCUUGCUCGCCCACCACCACCACCGCCUCUCCGUCUCGGAGGGGGCGCCCACCGAGAAGCCCCCCUCAGCCUUCGCCGCUUUCUUCAAGACCCUACCCUUGCUCUUGGUCCCAGGCCUGCGCGCCACCACCCUCUGGCUCUGGCUGAUCUGGUUCUCCUUCGGCCUUGCCUACUACGGGAUUAUCAUCCUCUGCGCCUCCCUCUUCACCCUGGAGGGGGGGGAGGACGACGCCCUCUUUGACUACCCGGCUUUGCUCUACGCGGCGGCCUCAGAGGCCGUGGGUGUGCUCCUCGCGCUUGCCCUCCUCGAGCGCUGCGGCCGUAAAAACACUCAAGUCUCCACCUACCUCCUGGCUGCUCUGGGGGCUUUCCUCUUGGCCCUAUUCUCAGGCUUCCGCCUCCCCGCCCAUCCGCACCUCCUGACCGCCGCCAUGAUAUGUCGGAUUGGGGCCAUGGCCGCCUCCUCCGCGACGUGGGUGGCCACCCCUGAGUCUUAUCCCACCGCUGUCCGCAGCACAGGGCACUCGGUCGCGUCGGCCGUCGCCCGGGUUGGCGCGAUUCUCGCCCCGGAAAUUAUUCGGGGAGGCGCCAUAAAUAAUUGGGUCCCAGGGGGUAUCUUGACAGCCGUGACGGUGGUGGCCGCGAUGGCCGCCAUGAUGCUGCCGGAGACGGGUGGAAAGGGGCUAGGGGCAAUGAAUGACUCGAAGGAGGUGGAGAUGGAGGAGCGGGCGCUGGAGGAUUCGAUGGAGGGAAGGCCCGAGAGCCAGGGAGGGAGAGCGGCGGCGCAAAAGGAGGGCGGACAGGCUGUGGUAGUGGCCAUCGACCAGGCAGGAGGGGGAGGGCCGGCGGAGGAGAAAUGAAGCGUGAACAAAAGGUUUAGGAGCGGACGUCGAUGAAAUUUCUUCAGUAUUAGGCUUGUAUUGAAACGGGAAAAACAGGGUAAGGAUGGACGAUGCUGGUGGGAGGAAGGUGGAAAGGGAAACGGGAGCAGGCCCGAGGGGGAAGAGCAAAGUAGGUGCAGGCUUGUAGGUAAAGUUGUGAGCAGGUAUUCGCUUACAGGGUGACAUUGUAAGUUUGAAUCCUCACGCUCCCACGAUAUGGGAGAGAAGCGUGCGGGAUACUGAGGAGAAGCACGCCCGCGAGGAAGGUAACAAAAGUGACGCGGAAGGUGGCUGGUGAGGUCCACAGCCAUGAGUGUCCAAGGACAGGACUGACCGAGAUGCCGGUAUGCAAGGACAGCAAUAUCUAAAUGUCAAAAUCUGAAGUCUUAAGCAGCAAAAAUCUUCAGCUGAUAUCCAAGAGUAAUGCCAGGAUACCAAAUACAGCAGUUUAAAGUUGGCGAGAUGCAGAUGAGAACACGGGAAUGUCGGAGGAAUUGGCGAGAAAUGUAGAGAAAUAAACAAAAUGGAUUUGGUGGGGUCUGGCGGUGAGUACGCGACCGUGCUCACAAAUGAAGAAGGAAAAUCCCGAUUUGCCGCUUA